UGACAUAACACACAGAGGAAUUUUCUUUUGCUGUGCUUUAAUCAAUCUGUUUAUGUCUUGCGCGGCGUUAUAAAGAACUGUUUUUUUUUUUCUAUAAAAGAGCAAAAUGUAAACGCUCCGGGGGCGGCAAAAAAGGGUUUCAUUAAGACGUAAUGGUUGAGCAGGUGCCAUUACACAAAAUACAACAAGAGAAAUGGAGAAACGGUACAUUAACCUGCAAGAUUUUUUAAGCAGUGGAGCAAAAAAUGCCAUAACCUAUUAUUGAAUACUCCUUGUAUUACUUGAAAACUCGCACGAUAAAGCCUUAAACUUCUGUCAACAAUUUGACUUAAUGAACUAUAUAGUGUACAUACACUAAAAUUUCGAGAAGAGCGCUUAAAAGUGCCAUAACAAUGUGCUUUUACCCAGGAUCACUGUCAGUAGUGUGAGAGAUAGUAUUUGGCUAAUUGCUUCCAUUAAUGCAUGUCAAUCUUCUUUGAUGCACAUCUUUAUUGCCAGGGAAAGGUGGAUCUUCAUAUGGGAGUCAACUCCUCUUAUCCCCUGUAUAGCUGGCGUUCUUUUAACAGCAUAGCACCUUGAUCUUCGAGUAGCAGCUACGAUCUACUGACGGCUUAUCAGAUGCACUUACGCUCGUAGAAUUUAAGGCAAAAAAAACACAUUUGCCUUGUGAGAAAAAUGAAUGGCUACGGUUCACCCUACCUCUACAUGGGGGGUCCAGUCUCUCAGCCAAGAGCACCUCUUCAAAGGACUCCCAAGUGCGCUCGAUGCAGGAACCAUGGAGUCCUGUCCUGGUUAAAGGGGCACAAGCGCUACUGUCGCUUUAAAGACUGUACCUGUGAAAAAUGUAUCCUGAUCAUCGAGAGGCAACGGGUGAUGGCGGCACAGGUAGCCCUCAGAAGGCAGCAGGCGAACGAGAGUUUAGAAAGUCUGAUUCCAGAAUCAUUAAGAACGCUACCGGGACUCAACGCACCUGUCACCGGGGAAAGUAACCAAGGGCCACCGCCAAGAACUGGGGAGAUUGGCAUAAGAUGGACUUCGGAUCAACCUGGGAACGGGCAGCCUGCAGCUGAUCCAGAUGAUGAGCUUCCAAGUGAGCAGGUUGAAGCAGACAGUGGGGGCACCAGCAGUGACAAAGACCAGGACCAGACAGGUUCACCUGACAUCCCCAAGUCCAACCCUCGCUACACACCAGAAACACCAGAAGUCACCCCAGUGCCGGAUGAAAGCCACUACACCUUACAGAAAAGCAGCGAUGAUCCCGAAACCAAAGCAGACAGUCCUAAAUAUCAUGGAGAGCAAAACCUCGUGAUUGAAGGUUUGUCUGGGUCAGUGUCCCUCCCUUUCAAUUUGAAGGCAAACAGACCCCCCAUUGAAGUACUAAAGAAAAUAUUCCCUAGUCACAAGCCGGCAGUUCUAGAGUUGAUUCUGAAAGGGUGUGGGGGUGAUUUGGUGGGAGCCAUAGAAGUGCUUCUCUCCAGUAGGUCCACACCGAACUCUGAAAGGUCUUCCACUGAAGCGCCUGAAGCUCUUGUUUUACCCUCUAACGGGCAGCUCUUUGAACACACGUUGGGAUCCUAUCCUGUGUCGUCUUCCAAGUGGUCCGUGGGGUCUGCGUUUAGGGUGCCAGAUUCUUUAAGGUUUUCCACCGACUCCAACAAUAUGGUUCCCAGCCCGUUAGCCAUGCCUCUUCAGCACCCAUUCCCUCAGCCACCUCGCUAUCCGUUAAUGCUGAGAAAUUCUCUGACCAGGAGCCAAGCCAAUCCCUUCGUUCACAAUGACGUGACUUUGUGGAAUACCAUGACUUUGCAGCAGCAGUACCAGCUCCGAUCCCAGUACGUCUCUCCGUUCGCCAGUGCUUCUGGUAGCGUCUUCAGAAGUUCCCCAGUUCUUCCCACACGCCCUUCUGAAGACCACAGGAUUACAAUUCAGGAGGACACCUGCCCAGUCGUUCCUAAACAGGCCAUUUAUGCAGACGAGGACUAUGAUGAAAGAUCAGACUCCUCAGACUCUAGAAUCUUAAAUUCCUCAACUUAAAUAGUCAGUCAAUCUUACAAAUAUGGGCACUUGAGGUGCCAGAUUGUGCUAAAGAUAGCAUUUAUUUGGAUUCCUUAAUAAACAAAGAAUCAUGAAAGGUGAUUCUGUUGUAAAAUGUGAAUUUUUAAAAAAAUCUCAGCAUAAGGUAAUGUAUUUCAUAUUGAUCAAAUGUGUUUGUUCAUCAGUAGUAAGUAGCCUACUUCUCCUUGACUGGACAAUUAUACCAGAUGGAUAUAAACAUCUGAUAAUGAAAAAAAAAUACAUUAUGUCUGUGGAUGUCAAUAUGUAUAACCAGGCUGCAUGAAAUUUACUGUGAAUAUGUCCCCAGAAGUAGAAAUGACCAAAUUGUAGCAUGUCGAGAGUAGACCAAAUAAACCACUGUAAUGAUUUACUUUUGUGUCUUUCUUUUAUACCUGUUGCAUUUGUGUAAAACUGGAAAAAAUCAAAUGCACAUAAAAAUAUGUGCUGUCCCCACUGAGUUCCCUUUUGCAUUUAAAUGUAUG